AUGGUCUUCGAGUGUCACAACUACUUGGAGAGCAAAAAGGUGAAAUUGGCGGCAAUCAAGUUCUCCGAUUACGCAAUGAUAUGGUGGGAUCAACUCACAACGAGUCGAAGAAGGAACGGGAAGCGGCCAAUCUCAUCUUGGGCCGAAAUGAAAGCCGUAAUGCGUAGGAGAUUUAUACCUUCUUACUAUUAUCGUGAACUUUAUCAAAAGUUGCAGAAUCUUACGCAAGGAAAUCGAAGUAUGGAGGACUACUUCAAAGAAAUGGAGAUUGCCAUGAUACGUGCGAACGUGGAAGAAGAUCGCGAAGCAACCAUGGCUCGAUUCUUAGCCGGACUUAAUCGUGACAUAGCCAAUGUGGUGGAGCUUCAACACUACGUUGAUAUUGUUGAUAUGGUGCAUGUUGCUAUCAAAGUUGAAAAGCAAUUGAAAAGAAAAAGUUCUAGCCGAACCUUUCCUAGCACCAACAAUCCUCAAAGGUGGAACCAAGGCACGGGUAAGAAAGGCUUUUCUAAUCGUACUAAGGAUCAAUCUUUGUCUUCUAAGAUGAACAAACCCGUUGGCGAAACUAGCAAGGGCAAAGAAGUUGCCAUUCCAAAUCGAUCGAGACAAAUAAAGUGCUUCAAGUGCUUAGGGAGAGGCCACAUUGCGAGUCAAUGCCCUAACCGAACCAACAUGAUUGUGCGGGCUAAUGGAGAAAUUGAAUCGGAAGAAGAAGAUGACGAAGAACCCGAUGAAAUGGCAGAAAAGGAAGAAGAGGAUGAACUUGAAUACGCCGUUGAUGGCGAAAUUCUCGUUAUUAAACGAAGCCUUAGUCUUCAAAGUGUUGAAAAUGAACAACAAAGGGAAAACAUUUUUCAUACACGUUGCCAUGUGCAAGGCAAGGUGUGUAGCUUGAUCGUGGAUGGCGAAAGUUGUACAAAUGUGGCCAGCACUUUAAUGGUUGAAAAACUCGGCUUGCCAACAACUAAGCAUCUUCAACCUUACAAACUUCAAUGGCUUAACGAUGGAGGGGAGUUGAAGGUAACUAAGCAAGUUUUGGUGCCGUUCACUAUUGGAAAAUAUUCCGACGAAGUUCUAUGCGACGUAGUACCCAUGCACGCUGGUCAUAUGUUAUUGGGUCGUCCAUGGCAAUUUGAUCGCAAAGUCAUUCAUGAUGGUUUCACAAACCGCUACACCUUCAAAUACGAUGGGAAAAAUGUAACUUUGGUUCCCAUGACGCCGAGGCAAGUUUAUAAAGAUCAAUUAAAACUAAGGGAGAGUGUAGAGAAAUUUCGGAAAGAUCAAUCGGUUCUUGUACUUAUGUACAAGGAAACUCUUUUGAAUACUAACGAGUUGGAUCCAAAUUUGCCCUCUUCGAUUGUUUCUCUUUUGCAGGAAUUCGAGGAUAUGUUUCCGGAAGACAUUCCUAAUGGGUUGCCGCUCAUUCGAGGAAUAGAACAUCAAAUUGAUUUCAUUCCCGGAGCCUCUAUUCCCAAUCGUCCAGCUUAUCGUACUAAUCCCGAAGAGACCAAAGAGUUGCAAAAAUAA